UGGCCAUGUUAAUUAGAUAAUUGAUUACAGGUAGUUGCUUGUUUGUACCUCGUGCUCUGACGCAAAUGCUUCCCCCGACUUUCUCCACUCAACUCCUCCCAAAAAAUAUUGCUGUCGGUGGUUAGUAGCUAGCUAGCAAAAAGAGUAUGCGCCAAAGUGGUUUUGUUUACAAAUUAGGCAUGGCCCAAAGUAUUGAAGGUGACAAGCACAGAUGCAAGAUUCACCAGGACAACGAUGAUGUGGUCAUGCACGAACCUGAAUGCAGCGGCAUACUGGAACUAGAUUCUUUAGAAUCAUCUGAGGAAUCUAAAGAAGAAACCAUUGUAAAGUGUUCUGCAAAGCCAGAGGUUGUAGUCCCAGCCAAUGCAGCCAUAGAGCUGGAAAGGAGGAUUGAGGAGAUGAGGAGGAGAAACGAGGCUUUGCUGGAGCGGUUCAAUGAAGUUGAGGAGGACAGGAGAAGGGCCGAGCGUAGGGGGGCAGCCCUGCUGCCCAAAAGCACCAAACUGGUCAAAACCAGUUAUUCAGCUCAUACUGCUGAUGUGUCGGAGCAGUGGGAGAGCCUCACCAUCACUGUAAUGAACCAGAAGGACUCCCGUUCGGUGGCAAAGCGGUCUGAACGAGGCAGAAGGCAGCCCAAAUCACGGAGGAUGGACGACCGCCUGGAAAAGAGAUGUGAGGAGGAGGAGAAGAACAUUUUGGAGGAAAGGCAGCUGAUAAUCUGCACUAUAGACAACGGCGAGGAUGCAGGAGGCUACUGCACAGACUACAGUGGCUCCACGUCGGACGUGGAGAGGCGAGAGUACCUACGCUGGAAGAAGAGACGCAACCGCUCGAUGGUGGAACUGCUCGACCAACACCAGGACGACCUGGCAGUACACCGCCAGAGCAGCAGGGAGCAGGUGGAACUGCUCAACCAGGAUGACCUGGCAGUACACCUCCAGAGCAGCAGGGAGCAGCGUAGGAAGGCCCGGUAGCUGGACAAUUACAUAAUUCUCAUUUUCUGUAAAAGAGGCUUGUUCUAAGUCAACCACUGUUUUGUAUUUGUGCAUGUUAACUGGCGUAUUGCACUUUAUAUUUUGAUAUUUGCACUGUGAAUGUUCAAUUUUUCUGUACUUUAUAAACAAUCUGUAAAACGAGCAACCACAAGCUUUGUUUUUGUCCCUUUCCUCACACUUGCAAGUUGGCUUUCUGUCAGAGAUACUUAGAGGGAGAAUAAAGAACACUCAAUGUAA